AUGAAUCAAGACUUCCGAAGCUUCUGCCUCUUGAAUCAUGGGAGUCAUUGCCGGCACUUUUACACUAGCCUGGAGGCACAGUUGGCAUGCGAUGCACCGUGCUUCUUGUGUGUGGAGCAGAAUGCUGCGAAUACUUGUACUGGGCAUUUGGAGGGUCCAGGCGUGGACUUGUUGGUAACAGGGACGCCCUGCGACCCAUUUUCUGUGCAGCGAUCCAAGCGGUUUGCAGAUGGCCGAGUCAAGCAGCACGAAGAUUUCUCGCUCACCAUGGAGACUGCAGUGGAUAUGUACUUGAAGUAUGAGCCCCAUGUGGGUGUUUUGGAGCAAGUGAAAGGAUUCAUCAUGCCUCUGUCUUCAGGCCAGAACGCCACACCAUAUGACAGGUUCAUGGAGGCCAUGCAGCAGGCGAACUUCCAGCAUGGCGGAUACUACUUCGUGAAGUUGCAGCUGGAUGCCGACGUCUGGCUGAACAUUUCGAGACCAAGGCUAGCUCUGCUGGCCAUGCCCACAGGCAUAUUUCUGGUUCUGCAGGAGGAUUGGGUCGCAGAGCUGAGCGAGCCAAUCAGAAAUGCCGAAGCAGAAGCAGGUCGCGAAGAUGACCCAGGGGAAUCUGGCGAAACCCAAGCUGCAGAUGCCGGAGAUGACUGGUCUCAGGAGCUUGAAAGAGAGCUCGCUACAGCUUCCGAUGUUCAGGUGCCAUCUGCACCUAAGCCGGUAGGACGGCGUGCUGGUAGACCUCGAGGCAGUGUUAGCCUGCGUGCAAGUUUGCAGGGGCAUACGCAGCCAAUUGGAGUGCCUGAUCUUCGAGUGGCAGACAGGUUGGCAGCUAGUAGGGCUGCUGCAGCAGUGCAAAGGAAGCAGCGCACUGAUGAAGCUGUUGCUGCUUUCGGGCCAGAGCACUUGCUUGUGCAGCUUGGGCCACUGGUGCAGCGUACAGUGGGGGCAGCUUUGAUCGCUUCGAUACGCAAGAUCCCAGAGCGACCAGCCCGGAACGAUGCUGGAAAAAAGACUGUUGUGCAGCAAAUCCUAGACGGUGACGUUCUGACCUGCAGUGCCAGCACUAUUGCUCGGUUGGCUGGGCGAGCAAAAAACCUUGUGCAGUCCAUGUUGUUGCAGGCGGGCUCUGCUGUCGUGGAAUCAGCAGGGCUACUUUGGAAUGUUAUGGCGUCUACGUGUGUGCAGGCAGCAGCCACCUCCAGCAGCUUGAAACCGGUCAUGAUGUGUGUCAGCCUCCGCUAUGAUGAGACCCCUACAAAGGUGCGUGUGACGUCCCUUAGUACGGAUGUGAUGUCCAAUGAGCAAGGGCAACUGGUGUUGGUGCCCAGGUCGGCAGCAACCACCCCAGCUCUUUUGUCGCGCUUCUUGGAACACCUCAAAUUAGCACCGGCUGCAAGGAGCACACAGCAGACAGCGACCCAUGCAAAGGUCUUGCAAACUCAGCUUGAUGUCGGAAUGCUAUUCGCACGAGACCAUGCAGGAGAGAAGAGGUUUGCUUGGGUUGUGACAACAGUACCGACCGUGCUCCAGGCGAUGCAGAGAUCUACAGGCGAAGUUCAACUUGCCUGUGUAUUGGAGUCUUUCGGCACUCUGGGAAGCCUUGCAGAACUGAACAGAGUCAGCUCUGCAUUUCCUUGCAGGGUAAAGGCUACCACAACAGACAGGUACAGCGCCAACUAUCGAACAGAGGAAGGGCUGCGGGCACAUUUUGGGAGUUUCCAAUUUGUGCACCUGCUGUGCGAUUGUCACAGGUGUUCCAGUGCAAUCGGCAACUCAUUGAAGUCUGUGCAAUCAGACAUGUCGGGUGCCAUCAAUACUGCGCUUGCCCUAUCCGACCUAGGGUCGGUGAAGGUGCUUCGUGACAUGCUCACUGCCAUCUUUUUCGAGGAGCUCACCAUUCACCAUGAGUCCCCCCCACCAUGCGAGUACAGGGCUGAGGUGUUCCGUCUCUUCCUCCCCGUCGAUGGCGGGGUGCCACUUUCUGUUCAGAAGAUCAACCGGCGCCGGAGGUUCAUCUUGCAGGCCAUGCUAAACGGCCCGAUCGAUGCAGUCGACCGGCUCGACCACUACUGCCAAUGGGGAUGCUGUCGUGACGCAGCAGACACUUUGUCGCUGAUGGCACUUUACUGCACAUGGGCACUGGUUCCGUUUGCGAGUUGCAAGCCGCCCUUGAAGAUGCUGGGCUCGGCGACCAUGGUGCUGCUGGGGGUGCUGCUCGGGCAGAAGGCGCUGAUGUCCCACCAGCAGCAGCUGAGCCUGAACCUGGAGUUGGAGACCAGUCUGAGGAAGAAGCAGAAAGUGCUUGCUGCCCAAGGCAAGGCUAGGUCCUGGCCAGUCCUCGAGGCUGCCCGGCUCGUCGAUGUCACUGCUUGCUUGAGAUCGUUGCUGGAGAUCAUGCUGGAGCCGGCUCUUGGUGCCAGAGGCAUUGUCACAGGCCACACCCGAGCUCUGAAGUUCCUCAUGACCUCUGCAGGGAUGUGUGGGGUACAUGUCUAUUUGAGAUUGCCCCGACAAAGCUUCCCUUACCAGCUGUUCAGCUUGUUGGACGACGCAUCUGAAGCUGCAGUGCAACGCAUCAAGGAUUUUCCUGUAUGCUUGCAUGAUGAAUUCACAAGCUACUUCAUCGAAAAGGGUUAUAUUGGAACCGAGACUGGGCUCGCGAUGCUGGAAGCGGUUGCCGAUAUCUUGUUUGUCGACGUGGCAGGGAUAGAAUCAGGGCAUUCCAGUGCCAGAGAAUUCGCUUCUCUCCGCUCCAGAGGCUGGGUGCCAACUCUGGAAACCCUGGCCAGCCGGUUUGUGUUGCAGGAACGGCAACGAAGCUUGGGCAAGACUGGGAUUCUUGGUUUUUCUUCCUCAAAGAGGAAGGCAAACAGGCCAGACAGGCCGAAAAGAAAAAACCCUGGAGGAGGCGGAGCCUGGCGAGCCUUCAACAGCCAUUACUUGUGUGGCCGGAAGCUGACUGCUGCAUUGGCAACUGAAAUGAGCCGGGUCUAUCGAAGUCUCUCUGAAGCCGAAAUGCAGAAGUAUAUCGAGGCUGGGCGUGGGGCCUGUCUGGCCCGCAGGCAAGGCUUUCCAUCUUUUCCCAAGAGUGUCCAUCAGCGAGUGAACCGGCCGGGCAUGGCUGUGCAUGGGCAUGAGCAGCCUGGCGAGGAAAGACUGGAUGGGGCGGGUAUUGUUGCUGCAGACAUUGAGCGAGCCGAUUUCGCUGUGGUCCCCUAUGCUGGGGACACCUUAGCUGAAAGGUAUUUCGAUUUCAAGUUAGCCUUGAAGGAAGAGAUGCGAAAGCAGCAGGCACUCGACCCGGCCCAGCUCUCUGAGGAGGAAAUCCAAAUCCUGAAAGAUUUUGAGCACGGGGCAGGGGCAGAGCCGCUGCCAGCAGCAAGCAUUUGGACAAGAGAGAUGAAUGGGCAGUUGCUCUCCGCUUUGCAAGCUUCUCCAGCCACUCGGCCCAGAAUGGCUUCCUACAGCUGGUGUCCUCCUGCAGAGCAGGUUGCAGAGGCCUGUGUGAGAGGGACACAUUGA